UUAGCCCCGCCCCCCGCAGCGUGCGGGGCUUCGACGACCCUCUCACUGGCUCACACACAGAACAUGUCUCCUCCGACGCAGACGCGCAAGCGGCUCCCGCGCCUCGUCCUGCCGCUGCUCCUGCUGUUGGCGGGGGCAGGUCCGUGCGCCGCGGGACGUCCGCUGCUCGUGUUCCUCAUCGACGGCUUCCGCUACGACUACAUUGACGACGUGCACGCGCUGGCCGGGUUCCGCGAGCUCGUGGGCAGCGGGGUGAAGGUGGAGCACGUGACGCCGGACUUCCCCACUCUGUCCUACCCGAACUACUACUCCCUGAUGACAGGCCGUCACUGUGAUGCUCAUCAAAUGACUGGAAACUACAUGUGGGACGCAGCCUCCGAGAAAGAGUUCCUGAUUGGGACCAAUCCUAACAGCCGGCUGCCUCUCUGGUGGGAUGGAUCGGAGCCAUUAUGGGUCACCCUGGAAAAACUUGGAAAGAAUGUUUUUAUGUACUACUGGCCUGGCUGCGAGGUAGAGAUUCUGGGUGUUCGUCCAUCUUUCUGUGAAGAAUACAUCUACAACCCUUCAGAGGAAAACCUCACAGACUCUAUAGAGAAUGCUCUCAGUGUCCUGAGGUCAGGCCAAGCAGAAAUGGCAGCUAUAUAUUAUGAGAAAAUAGAUGUGGAGGGCCAUCACUUCGGUCCAGACUCUGAGCAGGUCAGAACAGCUGUGCAACAACUGGAUCUUGCCAUGCUGACACUCAACAGCAAAAUCAAAGAGAAGAACAUGGUGAACCAGCUGAAUAUUGUGCUAUUUUCUGACCACGGCAUGACAAAGAUCCAGUGGAUGGAGAAGGUCAUAGAGCUGGAUAAGUUCAUCAACAUGUCAGACAUUGUCAAGAUGAUGGACAGAGGAGCAGUGGUCAGUAUGUGGCCCAAAGAUGACAAAUACCAAGAGGUGUAUGCUGCGCUGUCUCAGGUCCCUAACAUGCGUGUUUAUGCAAGACAGGAGAUCCCUGAGCGUUUCCAUUACAAAGGAGGGAAGUUUGUUUCGCCCCUGACGCUGGUGGCUGAGCCAGGCUGGUUUAUCACUGAGAACAAGGCAAAACUCCCAUUCUGGAAAAACAACUCUGGGCAGCCCUCAUCUUGGCAAAAUGGCUGGCAUGGUUAUGACAAUGACUUCCUUGACAUGAAAGGCUUUUUCUUGGCAACAGGACCAGACUUCAAGCAUAAUGUUCGGGGAGCUCCAAUUCGAGCAGUGGAUAUCUAUAAUGUGAUGUGCUGGACGUUGGGAGUUAACCCUUUGCCCAAUAAUGGGUCCUGGUCUCGGGUAGAGUACCUUCUGAAUGGCACUGAUGGUCCACCCCAGUCCACAACCCUCUGGAUCUGCUGUAUCUGUUUGUUGGGUAUACUACUGGCACAAAGGGACUGACUGUAUAAUAUCUGACUGUAGUGAGAACCCCCCCUGGACGUCAUACAAUAAAGUAUGCUGAUUUUCCUCACUUA